CGUUUGGGUGUUUGAAACUUUUCUGAAGGCUAUGGGAGGAAAGCACCCUAUAUCAAUUUUCACUGAUCAAGAUGCAGCUAUUGCUGCUGGAAUAGAACAGGUUUUUCCUUCUUCAAGACACAGGUUAUGCUUGUGGCACUUGAGUAAAAAUGCAAACAGUAGGUUUGGUUUAUUGAAGUCUGAUAAAAACUUCAAAAACGCAUUCUACAAGUGUUUAAGUGGGUGUAUAACACCAAAUGAUUUUGAAGAAACUUGGAAAUCUAUGAUCAACACUUUUAAGCUGGAAAAAGAUUACUGGUUCAACAGAUUGUAUGGUCUUAAAGAAAAAUGGUGUACAUCUUUAAGUAAAGAUUUUUUUUUCUGCCGGUAUACUUUCUUCACAAAGAAGUGA